AUGGUUGCUUUUUCCUCCAUCCUCCUCGCCGCCUCGACGGUCAUCUCUGGAGUCUUCGCCCUCCCUGGUGAGCUCCCCGGUCAGGGCAGCCUCUUCAAGCGUCAGACCUACACCUCUUCAGCCACUGGUACUCACAACGGCUACUACUUUUCCUUCUGGACCGACGGCCAGGGCAGCGUCCGGUACACCAACGAGGCUGGUGGCCAGUACACUGCCACAUGGUCUGGCAACGGCAACUGGGUCGGUGGAAAGGGUUGGAUGCCCGGUACUGAUCGCACCAUCAACUACACCGGCACCUACUCACCCAACGGAAACUCGUACCUUGCCGUCUACGGCUGGACGCGCAACCCGCUCAUCGAGUACUACGUCGUCGAGAACUUCGGCACCUACAACCCCAGCACGGGCGCCACCCGUCUCGGGUCCGUCACCUCGGAUGGCGGCGUCUACGACAUCUACCGCACCCAGCGCGUCAACCAGCCCUCCAUCGACGGCACCGCCACUUUUUACCAGUACUGGUCCGUCCGCCAGCAGAAGCGCACGGGCGGUAGUGUCAACAUGAAGAACCACUUUGACGCCUGGACUAGGUCCGGCCUCACGCUCGGCACUCACAACUACCAGAUUGUUGCUACCGAGGGAUACUUUUCCAGUGGCAGCAGUACUAUCAAUGUUGGUGCCAGCAGCGACGGCGGCGGCGGUGGCGGAACUACCCCCGAGAACCCGGUGCGUAUAAGCGGGCGGUUGAGUUUGUCGAGGAAGUGA